AUGCUCAUCACCGAUGAAACGUAUAAAAUCCAUCGCGUCAUUAUUUAUUCGAUAUUUGCCGUCGUUCAAACUCUCGGCAUUUUCGGCAAUGUGAACCUGAUUGCGUUGACGAUUCGCAAGAAGACGCUUCGCUCCAAAUAUGGCAUGCUUCUGAUGAUUCUCGCCGUAUUCCAUACCAUCUGUUUGGUGUAUGAAUUCGUUUGUAUGGCCUAUGGGAUUCGGUUGACAUUCUUCGAUUACAAACUCUUCCGAAGGCUAUGCUUCUACACGCUAUUCCCUUACAUAUUCGUGCACUGCCUUCAAACGGGCGCCGUGUGUGCUCUCGCUCUCGACUUACUCCUGAACAUCACAUUCCCAAUACAGUAUCGAACAAUUAAUACGUCCUCCUAUUUCGCAUUUUUACUAUUUCCAUCGAUUAUUUAUGGAAUUUGGGCGGUUAUUGCGGGCUUCGUCUAUUCCGACAACAACGAGGCCAUUCAGAUGUGCAAUCCGCCGUCAUCCUUACAUCCAGUAAUUAAUGCGAAAUGGUAUUUAAUUAUGCUAAUAUUCUCUCUAGCUACAGUAAUCUUUUAUACAUUAGCGUUUACCUUGUUAUAUGCGAAAGUUAGAAAUGAUCGAAACGCGUACAGAUUGAUUGAGAAGAAGGCGAUGAAGACACUUCAAGUUCUGAUAUUCGUAUUUCUCAUCACUCGUUUGAUAAGCAUCAGCUUUUUCAAUAUUCUGACGUUUCUAGGAAUCGAUAAGGAUUGGAUAGUGCUUUGGCAAAAUUAUGUGGGUAUCGCCACUGUCAUCGCGUACUACCAAAACGGCUAUGUUUGCUAUUUUCGUAGUUCCGAAUAUCGAAAUUUAUUUCGAAGCCAACUGAAAAUUGUGUUUCCCAAAUGCACGAAGCGUCUCGAUUGGCCGGAACAGUCUGUUACAAUUAUCAAUUAUAACGUGAAAUCGGCAAUGACAAUUCAGUAG